AUGAUAAGUAAGGCUGAGGAUAAUGAAGUUGCCGGUAGUUCCAUCGCAUCUUCAAGGCGCGGGGCGAAAAUAUCACUACCCCAAAGGCAGGUGAUAGCACCUCAAAUACCAAAUAUGAGCUUGGCUGAUCUCGAUUCGCUAAUCGAGCCAUUAACCCGUCCGAGAACUGACUAUUUCUCUGAGUUCGAGAUACAAUUGAUGUUAGAAGAGAUUGGCAAGCUUCGCCACAUUAUCCUUGCAAAAGAUCAGAAGAACGGGAGAAUUCUGAAGAAAGCUUGGGAAGAUGUCGCUCGCAAUAUGGCGCAAAGAUUUCCCACAGAAUAUAAACGGACUGCUAAUCAAAUUAAGAGGAAGUGGAAACAAAUUUUGUCGAAAGCGGGAAAGAAAAUUCGUGAAGGUCAAGAAAAGCAAGAACUUGAGUUAGAUGGAAUGACGUCGUUGGUGGCGCGAUUUCUAGCCUCCGCCAACCAGGGUGACCAACUAGUUCUAAAGAUUGAGGCGCAGGAUUCAACUGAAGAUGCUUCUCAGUUGUUUACUCAACGAUCUAAUCAUUUAGACAAUAUUAGCAACGAAAAUGCGCCCACUUUUACAGCGGAUAAUACCCAAAUUCCACAGUUUGAGGCACAUCAUUCCGAUUUUUCCGUUGCUACGAGGCAUUCAACGAAUAACUCCUCCGAUGACGAAGAUUCGGACGAUGACUCAUCCGACAUUGUGAUGAUCUCCCAUACAUUACCCAGUGGACAAACUUUCAAAGAAGAUGCAUCCUCCGACACCCGUCUUCACAACGUUCGAAAGGGAAGAACUAUUCAUAAUGAGUUAAUUCGCCAAUUGAAAGCUGAACACGCUCUGAGAAUGGAAAUUCUUCAAAUGAAACGGUGCUAUUGGCAAGCUAAAAGUGACGCCUUUUGUCAAUUAAGACGGUUUUCAUCAGAUGGGUUUCAAUCCAAUGGAUAA